AUGUCGAAAACAAAGACAUCAAAGGGCGUGAAGAAGAGGGCCCAGAGGGCAACAUCUAAUGUGUUUGCUAUGUUUGAUCAAGCCCAAAUUCAGGAAUUCAAAGAGGCCUUCAACAUGAUCGACCAGAACCACGAUGGGUUCAUUGAUAAGGAGGACUUGCAUGAUAUGUUGGCCUCCCUAGGCAAGGUACCGACGGAUAAGGAUCUUGACAGCAUGAUGAGCGAGGCACCGGGUCCCAUUAACUUCACAAUGUUUUUGACGAUGUUUGGGGAGAAGUUAAAUGGUACAGAUCCAGAGGAUGUGAUUAAAAAUGCAUUUGCUUGUUUUGAUGAAGAUAACAAAGGUUACAUAAAUGAGGAUCGACUGAGAGAAUUGUUGAUGACAAUGGGAGACAGAUUCAAUGAAGAAGAGGUGGACGAAAUGUACAGAGAGGCACCGAUAAAGAAUGGAAACUUCGACUACAUGGAAUUCACACGUAUUCUCAAGCACGGGAAGAAGGAUGACCAGUGA